GCCACAAACGCUGCUGGUUCGCUCGUCCUCUCUCUCUCGACGCGGCGGGCGCAGCUCUCCUCCGACCCUCCUCCGACUCAGGCUUCUUGUCAGCUCGACUGAUUUCAUAAUGGCAGAGCACUUGGCUUCAAUAUUUGGUACAGAGAAAGAUAGGGUCAACUGCCCAUUUUACUUCAAGAUUGGAGCUUGUCGUCAUGGGGAUCGCUGCUCUCGCAUCCAUAACAGGCCAACCAUAUCACCAACAAUUGUGCUCAUGAACAUGUAUCAGCGCCCUGAUAUGAUCACCCCUGGGGUUGAUGCUCAAGGCCAGCCGAUUGAUCCGCGCAAGAUGCAGGAGCAUUUUGAAGAUUUCUAUGAGGAUAUCUUUGAGGAACUGAGCAAGUUUGGUGAGAUUGAGACCCUCAACGUCUGUGAUAACCUUUCUGAUCACAUGAUAGGCAAUGUGUAUGUUCAGUUCAGGGAGGAAGAUCAGGCAGCAGCAGCUCAUACAGCUCUUCAGGGACGCUUUUACUCUGGUCGCCUGAUAAUUGUGGACUUCUCUCCUGUGACUGACUUCCGUGAAGCGACCUGCAGGCAGUAUGAGGAGAAUACCUGCACACGUGGUGGACACUGCAACUUCAUGCAUGUGAAGCAGAUUGGUAAGGAUCUCAGGAAGAAACUCUUUGGACGUUACAGGAGGUCGCAGCGAGGAAGGAGCCGCAGCCCAAGCCCACAGCAUAGGAGAGAGCGUCGUGACCGUGAUGACUACCGUGGCCGUGAGGAUUUUCGCCGUGGUGGUGAUGAUUUCCGCCGUGGUGGUGGUGGCGGCGGACGCCGGGGUGGGAGCAGCAGGUAUGAUAGGCAGGAUGAUGGAGGAAGGCGUAGGUAUGGGGGCAGCCCUCCGAGGCGUGCAAGAAGCCCAGUCAGGGAGAACAGUGAGGAGCGCAGGGCAAAGAUUGAACAGUGGAAUCGUGAAAAGGAGGCGAAGUAAUGGUGGCUAUCAUUGCUUGGGUGUUUCUUGUGCCAUUCUAUAUAUGAGGGCUUGCUCUGUAGUUGCUACUAUGUUUAAUUUGCUUCAGUUCGGUAUUUUAGGUAACUUCACCUCAGGACUUGAAAUUGUCACUGGUGUGCUGCCGGAAACCUUUUGUCUACAUAUUUGAACAUUCUAGUUAUUUCGAACUUGUGCUCAGUA